AUGGAGGAGGGCAAUGUUUCAUCUGGGCAGCUCUCAUUCUUACACCAGCAAGUCUAUGUAAUACAGAUGAAUGCAGUUGUGGUGACAGAGGUAAUUGUGAUAUUGGCAACUGCAUUGUUUUUUACCUUCAUGAGUGGCAUCAUGUUCUUCAUUCUGUGGAGCAAACCAAAAUUCAGGGAGGACUCACGUUACAUCCUCUUUGCCCACAUGCUCAUCAAUGAUUCUGUUCAUCUAAUGGGGACUAUAUUGUUGUACUUAUUUGCCUUGGCAUCCCUCUAUAUGUCUAAGGCCAUCUGCUCUAUCCUGAUACUGAUUUCUGCAGUCACUUAUAACAACACCCCACUCAACCUGGCAGUGAUUUCACUGGAGCGCUAUGUGGCCAUUCGCUUCCCUUUGCGUCACACAGAGAUCGCCACCCAGAGAAGGACAGCGAUCGCUAUUGGAAUAAUGUGGUUCAUUAGCUCUUUUAACAUCCUCAUUGAGAUAUUUUACAUCAUGGCACUUGAUCCCCACUUUUUCAGUGCACCCAUAUUUUGUAUGCGGGAGCAGAUGUUAAUUGAGGAAUGGCAGCUCACCUUGUACAGUGCGGCAAGUUUUCUUUUCCUUGUGGUUGUGGCUCUGACAAUCCUCUAUAUUUAUGUUAGUAUAACAUUAGUAGCUAAAUCAGCUUCCACAAACAAGGAUUCAGCCAAUAAGGCUCGCAAAACUGUGCUGCUCCACAUGAUUCAGCUGGGACUAUGUAUCACCUCUUUGCUGUUUGCAUUGUUUGAGUCUCUGAUUGCCAAGACUGCCACUGCCUUGUAUGUGCCUCUGCAAUUCUUGAACUUUUUUUGCCUCCUUGUUCUUCCUCGAUGUCUAAGUCCCCUCAUUUAUGGCCUGAGAGACAAUGCCAUCCGGCCACUUUUCCUCAGGUACUUCAGGUGCAACCCCACCACACUCAAGUAA